AUGCUGCCCAACCCUGCGCAGGAAACAGCAGUCUCAAGCAACUGCCCGGAGCAACAAACCUCCUUCAGGGGAGGGAGCCCGACAGGACCACAGUCAGUCCCAUCGACCACACACCACGAGGGCCUCCAAGAAAACGGAGCUCCAGAAGUCACACGGCCCUACCAAGCAUGGAGGAGCAGCACAGGAACACUGGCAGUGAUUCCCGCACUAAACGGGACGAGGGGACCUGAUCGGUCAUUGUACCACCGCAACAACCUCCCAAGACACCUGCUGGGGUAUAAUCAACAACUGACACCUGCACUGCACAGAGGAUGCCACGCGGAGACACCCCCAGCAUGGCCUGCAAGAGGGAUCGGCUGA